AUGGUGUUCUGCCAGACAGACAACUCGUACAUUGCAGAGGCCCGGCGUACGAGCAAGCAGUACGCUGACGCUUGCAAGGCUGCGGCCGAGGGCAAGGGUUCGAAACCUUCGGGUGAGCCCCAUGUGCAUGUCUGGGCUAAUCUCACAGCCAUGGCGGCAACAGAUGAGCAUUUGACAACGGAAGAGCGGAAUUUGAUCACCAAUCACCGAGCUGCUGCAGCGGAUCCAGAUGCCCUGGUCCAUGUGGUGCACGUGUGCAAGGUGCGCAAAGCAUUCCGGGACACCAAUAAGAAACUUUUUAUUGCCACGGCUCCGGAGGCCAAGCAGCUGACCAACAUCAUGGUCAAAGCUAUCUGCGCUGCCGGCGGGGUGCAGAAAUACGGCCAGGCGCCGCGCUCGGGAGGCGAGCGCAAGCUCCAGACUUUACUGGAUGAGCUUCGCAAGAUCGUCCCCGACGAGGCCGACAGGGACUGCGAGAUGUGAGGUAGCGCGUCGUGCCGGCUUCCCGUCUCCCUCUUCCUCUUCCCCUCCCC